ACAAGUUAAUAAAAUUGAUGUGCAGAAACACAUCUUACUACUAAGAAUUACGUUAAAAUUCCAUCUUAUAAUAUCUACGAUGCUAAACACCCACCCGGCAAAGCACGCGGUGGAUCAGCUAUAGUUAUUAAGCAAGAUAUUAAACACUUUCUUCAUCAAAAUAUCACUGACACGCAUAUACAAGCUACUGCUGUCACUAUUAGCACAGUUCAUGGAAAUAUUACGCUAGCUGCAGUUUACUGUCCUCCAAAACACAAAAUAUCAGUAUAGCAAUAUUCAAAUUUUUUUCAAACAUUAGGGAGCAAAUUUAUUGCCGGCGGAGACUAUAACGCUAAACACGUUUUAUGGAGUUCUAGAAUAAAUUCACCUCAAGGUAAAAUCCUAGAACAAACAAUAAGGAUACUAUCAUUAGACACACUGACCACUGGCGAACCUACAUACUGGUCGUCAGCCUACGACAAAGCUCCCGACCUAUUGGACUUCGCAAUAACCAAAGGAUUAAACAAAUUGCAUUUUAAAAUUAAAUCUUGCUUAGAUCUUAGUUCUGAUCAUUCUCCGAUUUUAUUAAACUAUCUAUAUAAAUCUAUCCUCACAAAAACAACGCCAUAUUUGCAUAAUCGUAACAUAGAUUGGAAUACAUUUAAACAAUCCCUGGAACAUAAAUUGCAAUGUACCUUUAAGAACUCCUGAACAAAUAGCAUCAGCAGUAAUAGAUCUCACCGACAAAAUCCAAAAUGCAGAAUGGAUAGCCACCAAACAAAUCGAAACUAAAAGGAAAUUCUACACAUAUCCAGAAUACAUAAUAAAACAAAUAAAACUUAAACAAAAAUUAAAAUAUAUAUGGCAAAAACAAAAAUCUCCGUAUAACAAAAAAAAACUAAACCAAAUCACGAAAGAAGUGAACCAAUUAAUUCAAAAUUACUGUAACGAAGAGUUUUAUUCUUACAUUUCAAACCUCUCUCCUAAUGACGACACCAACUACUCACUAUGGAAAGCUUGCAAAAGACUAAAGAGGCCAGUGGUCUCUUUACCGCCUACUAAAAAAGCAGACUCUAGUUGGGCAAAAAGCACACUCGAAAAAGCCACCACUUUUGCCGAACAUUUACAAAAUACAUUUAAACCAAAUAUUUCAAAUACCUCUAUAAUAAGUUCAAAUAUAACUCCAUUCAUCGCGUUUGAUACUAAUCUCAAUCAAGAUAUAACAAAAAUCACAGUAAACGAAGUAAAAAAACUAAUUGCAGAUAUCGAAAUUAAAAAGACUCCUGGUUUUGAUUUAAUCAGUGGAAAAAUAAUGAAGGAACUUCCACCAAAAGCAGUAAGAAUGCUUACCAUAAUGCGGUACUGAGGAUCAAGUAUUUCCCUAUCAACUGGAAAUUAGCACAGGUAAUUAUGUUGCCUAAACCCGGAAAAGAACCACAUCUACCAACGUCCUACAGCCCAAUCUCGCUACUUCCCGUAAUGUCCACGUUACUGGAAAAAAUAAUUUUAACCAGGCUCAAAAAGAUAAUCACGGAUAAAAAUUUAAUACCGCUACAUCAAUUUCGUUUUAGAAAAAAACAUGCUACAAUAGAACAAGUGCAUAGAUUGAUAAAUCAAAUUACUCUUACCUUUAAAGAAAAAAAUAUUGUAUUGCUCUCUUUCUGGGCAUAGAGAAAGCAUUUGAUAAAGUGUGGCACGAGGGACUUUUAUAUAAAAUCAAACAAAACUUUCCCAUAUCAUUUUAUGAGCUCAUCAAAUCAUAUCUAGAAAACAGAACAUUUUUUGUUAAAAUUCAGGAUUCUACUUCGGUUAUCUGCACUAUUGAAGCAGGAGUCCCCCAGGGCAUAUCUUGGGGCCUAUUCUGUAUACAUUAUACACUGCCGAUAUUCCUACUACACAAGAAACCACGCUAUUUACAUUUGCCGAUGAUACAGCUAUUUUAGCCAUACACCAAGACCCCAAGACAGCAGCUUCCAUUUUACAACAACACCUCCUAAAACUCGAUGAGUGGUUAAGUAGAUGGAAAAUAAAAGUAAAUGCUGAUAAAUGCAAACACAUUACAUUUACCUCAAACCAAAAUAGUUAAAUAUUUAGGAAUGCAUCUAGAUUCGCGACUUACAUGGAAACCCCAACGGGUUCACCCCAACGAACUUGCAAGAGAUCUGUACAAUACAAGUAUACCCAGAAGAUUACACAAAAAACAUCCGAAGGAUCUUUUAUCCUAACAUGUCCUAUCAUGUUACAUCAGGUGAAUUCUAAUGAGAAGUCAUCUACGUGAUAAUAUUUUUGUUCACAUAUGCUAACACAGGUUACCAAAUGUCCUUAUUGAACAAAUUCUAAUCACACUUGGAGCUAAAAAAAAAAAAACAAUCAUUAGGAUUCAUCGUGAAGCAAUAAUGUUGGACACAGUGGAUAUUGACGGUACACCUGUCUUUGACAAUCGCAUAACCAGCAUACAGACACACACCUACAAUUCAUAUGCAAAUACUAGACUCGGAAACAGUGAUGAGAUAAAGAUACCGAUACAGCAGCAGGAUCUGUACACGCUACUGUGUGAGAGUCACUUAUACAUCGAGGGAAAACUGAGUCUACUAGAGCAAAAACCGGAGGGAGUGAAGGAAGAUGUUGUUCUUGAUAACAACUGUGCUGCCUCUCUGUUUGAUGAAAUUCGAUAUGAACUGGAUGGGGUUGAAAUAGAUCGUUGCAAAAAUCCGGGAGUAACGACUGCGUUAAAGAAUUAUGUAUCUCUGUCUAUUGAAAAAAGUAAAACGUUAGGUAAUGCUGGCUGGUACCAUAAGCAAAAUGCUGCAAUUGGAGAUUUUAAUUUUUGUGUGCCGCUUGGUAUGUUAUUCGGAUUCUGUGAAGAUUAUAAACGCAUCGUAAUCAAUGCGCGCCAUGAAUUGAUUUUAAUUCGAUCGCGAAACGAUGAAAACGCCCUGAUUGGUCCUACCGUUUUGAAACCUGUACUCAAAUUGUUUAAAGUUCAAUGGCGAAUGCCUCACGUCGGUUUGGAUGAAUUAAACAAAUUGGCGCUCUUACGUAUUCUUGAAAGUGGUCGACUAAUUUCGAUGAGUUUCCGCUCCUGGGAUCUGUAUGAAUAUCCGUUAUUACAAACAACCACGAAGCAUACUUGGUCUGUGAAAACUGCAACACAAUUGGAGAAACCGCGAUAUGUGAUAUUCGCUAUGCAAACCGUUCGAAAGAACAAAUUGGACAAAACAUUUAAUCACUUUGACAAUCGUAAACUAUCAAACAUACGACUACAUUUAAAUUCAAAAUCUUAUCCAUACGAUGACUUGAAUCUGGAUUUUGAUAAGAACAAGUAUGCGACACUUUACGAUAUGUACGCAAACUUUCGAAAAUCAUAUUACGGACACGGUGAACCCCUGCUCGAUAUGUUAGUUUUUAUCAUAUGGUCCGUUUGCAGUCAUAGAUUGCUCGCGUCAGAACGAAUCUCUAAAGAGUGCCACGACUGAUGUUAGGAUAGAUUUCGAAUGCAAAGAUAACGUGCUGCUCAAUACAACUGCUUACUGCUUGAUUAUACACGAUCGCAUAGUCGAGUACAGCCCUCUGACGAAUGUAGUACGCAGAAUAAACUAAUACAGUAAAAAUCUCUGUUGAAUGUUCAGUCUCUUCGAAACUGUCGAUACAGCAAAAUGGCUCACCUAACGUUCGUAGACUUGCAAGGUUUCAAAACGGACUCGAAUGAUUUUAUCGUAAAAGAGGUGCCUGUCCUCACGCAAGGAAAAAAAUUAGUGCAUUGGAUAUUUGAACCUCCAUUUGGAUUGCAUCGUCUAACGACUAACGAAAAACGUGGUGUUUGAUGGUUAACGAAAAAACACCAUGGAAUCAGAUGGACGAAUGGUUACGUACCCUACGUGAAGGCGAGCAGCCUGUUACGAACCGCGUUGGAAUGCGCUGACAGAAUUUUAGUUAAACGAUCGGAAAAGAAGAGAUGGUUGUACAAUUUAACUGGAAUGGAAGCCUUCGAUGUUGAAACGGAUUUAGAAGACAGAGAAAUACCGAAAUUAUCUACAAUGAGUGAAGGACAUUACAGAUGUACGUUUCACGAUGGCGUUUGUGCCAUGGAAAAUGUGUUCAAAAUAUAUACGCUAUUUGAUGUAGAAAUGCUCUAGAAAGUGUUUUUGAAAUAUGAAAUAAACAUGACGUCAUGGUACAGAAAAAAGAAAUGCUGCAUCAUCAAUAAAUUCCUUACAUGAUAAGGGGUGAUGGAGGGGAGUGGAUUCGAUAUAAAACGGAAAUUUGCGAUACAGCGGUUAGAAGAUUGUUAGAUUUUGACCAAUUUAAACGUCAGCGAUGUGGACUGCUGCUGAAGUUGCUCGAGGAACGGGGGAGACAUUUUUAGAUGAUAAUUACACAUUGCGGCCAGUUUCCAAGAAAAUGCGUACAUGUGAAACCAAUGAUUCGCCCGAAUUGAUGUCAAGCCGCGGAGUACGUAUUUUGGGACGGAGAUAUCCUUUGACGACUACUUGGUACAAGUAUUUAGAUAUUGGAAUAAGAAUUGGUCGUCGCUGUGAUGUGGAAUUGGCUAUUGAAGAUAACCGCGGCAAUGAAAUCCAGUUUCCAAUGUUUACCUGGAGAAAGCUAUCGGAGAGAAAGAUGAACAUUUUACGGAACUUUGAAACGACGUCUAGUGAUCCGAUACGUGUUUGCGAUAUAACGAUUGAGUUUCGCUGCGUGGACGAUGUUAAAGACGCGAGACUCUCCACCUCCGUCAACGCCUUGUUUCUCACAGAAAAAACGAUUUGUAGAAUGUUUGAUUUCGAAUACUGUAUCAAUCAUAUGUACACGUGGCUUUCCGAGAAUACGUUUCUCGUCGAGCACAGAUAUGAAACUUUUGUAAAAUUAAUACAUAAUGUAAAACCAAAUGAUAUUGUAAGAACAAUUACCGAAGAUAAAAAUUUUGAACGUCAUUCAUUGAUUGAUUCUGAAUUGUUAGCCUUAGGGUUGAAUGUA